AUGCAGCGUAAAUACACGGCGAAGGAGCAGCAAGCAUGGCGUCCUCAUAUCAUCAGGAGAUGCAGGAGGUCUUCAGGAACAACAAUAAAAGCAGAGAGUUCCCGGCUCACAAUGCUAAAGUGCAUUCGGUGGCCUGGAGCUGCGAUGGAAAACGACUGGCGUCCGGAUCAUUUGACAAAACCGCCAGCGUGUUCGUCCUGGAGAAAGACCGACUGGUGAAGGAAAACAACUACAGAGGGCAUGGAGACAGUGUGGAUCAGCUGUGCUGGCAUCCCACCAACCCUGAUCUGUUCGUCACCGCAUCAGGAGACAAGACCAUCCGCAUCUGGGACGUACGGACCACCAAAUGCAUGGCCACGAUCAGCACCAAAGGGGAGAAUAUCAACAUAUGUUGGAGUCCUGAUGGUCAGACCAUUGCUGUCGGUAACAAGGAUGAUGUUGUGACUUUUAUUGAUGCCAAAACACACCGUCCCCGUGCCGAGGAGCAGUUCAAGUUUGAGGUCAAUGAGAUCUCCUGGAAUAAUGACAAUGACAUGUUCUUCCUGACAAACGGAAACGGAUGUAUUAAUAUAUUAAGUUAUCCUGAUCUCAAGCUCAUUCAGUCAAUUAAUGCCCAUCCGUCCAACUGCAUCUGCAUUAAAUUCGAUCCCACGGGCAAGUAUUUUGCCACCGGAAGUGCGGAUGCGCUGGUCAGUCUGUGGGAUGUGGAGGAGCUGGUGUGUGUGCGCUGCUUCUCCAGACUCGACUGGCCUGUGCGGACGCUUAGUUUCAGUCAUGAUGGGAAAAUGCUGGCGUCAGCUUCUGAGGAUCAUUUCAUUGACAUUGCUGAAGUAGAGACGGGUGAGAAGCUCUGGGAGAUUCAGUGCGAGUCUCCGACCUUUACUGUAGCGUGGCAUCCGAAGAGACCUCUGCUGGCGUACGCCUGCGACGAUAAAGAGGGCAAAUAUGACAGCAACCGAGAGGCAGGGACCGUCAAGCUCUUUGGACUUCCCAAUGACUCCUGAGGACCAGAGGUUUCACGUGUUCAGGCUUUGAGGUUUAAUGGCUGCUUCACUUGAUAUUAUUGCUUUGUAUUAGAUUUGAAGUUAAUGCUGUAAAAUAGUUCAAAGAUAUUUUGAUGUUCAGCUCUCAUAUUACUUGAGUUCCUGAAUGAUCAAGGUAUCAGUUGCAAGCAUAAAUAACUACUGCCAGCAGCUCCUCUGCAGAACAUAAGAAUUAUGUUCAUCUUUUUCCAAAAAUUGGCCUGGUGACGUGGAUGGAAGUCUAAUCUGAGCGGUGUUAUCACAUCUGUGUAGAUGACUUGAAAAUAAUUUGACUUGCAGAGCAUGCUGUUGUUGUUUCCCAUACUUGAGCAUUGCCAUUUUGUAAAAA